AUGCCCUCCCGCACGCCCUCCGCCUCCCCCAGCGACGAUGGCAGCUCCGACGGCCUGGCCAAAGUCGAGCUUAGCGACCUAGACUCCAGCCCCCCACCCCCCCUCCCCGUCGAGCAAGACCUCAUGCAACUGGCCCGCCUAGGCGAACUACGCUCCAUCCAACGCCUCUUCGACACGGGAAAAUACACCGCCCGCUCCACCGACGACCAAGGCAUCACCGCCCUUCACUGGGCCGCGAUCAACGGCCACCUCGCCCUGUGCCACUUCCUGCUGCAGUCCGGCGCGGACGUCGACGCUAGGGGCGGGGACGCGCAGGCUACGCCGGUGUUGUGGGCGAGUAAACGGUGUCAUCUCUCUGUCGUCUCGCUGCUGCUGUCGCAUGGUGCGGACCCGUUGAUCCGCGAUGAUCAGGGUUACAACCUCUUGCACUCCGCUACGCUAGAUGGGAAUGUCUUCCAACUCGUGCUCCUGCUGCAUCAACCCGACAUCCCCGUCGACGUGCCCGAUGCGUCAGGGCAUACCAGCCUCAUGUGGGCAGCAUACAAAGGCUUCGGCGCAUGCGUGGACGUCCUGUUACGAUGGGGCGCAGAUGUUCACGCGACGGACGAGAUGGGUUUUACAGCGCUGCAUUGGGCUUUGGUGAAGGGGAGCUACGGGUGCAUACAGAAACUGGUGGAGUUAGGGAGCGAUCGGUUCGCGCGGAGUAAACCUGUCGAAGGACAGACGGAGGGGGAUAGUCCGGCGGCGACGGCCGCGAAGAUGAAGUCAGAAAGGCAAUGGCACAAAGCGCUGGUGGACUCGGGGUUUGAUGAGGAAGGGAGGGCGAUGGGGUUUCCAGUACCAAUGGUGAAGGAUCGGAGAUGGUUCUUCAACCGCUUCUUCUUCCUCUGGCCAUUCGCGCUGGGUGGAUUACAGCUCUGGAUGCUCGCGCACAUGCUCGUCUGGAUCUCGGUCCCGGGCGUCCUACUCGUCGGCUACGCCCUCCAAGCCCUCGUGCAAAAGACCCUCCGCUGGGCCCCCGCCGACAUGAAACACAUGCACCGCACGCCCUUCCUCGCAGGCAUCUUCGCCGGCACGCUCUUCUGGGUCGGCGUGCGGUACGUCUUCUACAUCCUUCCCUGGACAUUGUCGACGAACAUAUUGCUCAACUUCGGGUUUAUGAUAGCUUACGGCUUGUGUGCAUAUUUCUACGCGUUGACGAUGACGGCGGAUCCGGGGUUCAUUCCGAAAGGUGGGAGUCGCGGACAGACGAAGAACACGAUUGAUGAGUUGGUGGAGCAUGGGGCUUUUGACGAGGUGCAUUUUUGCACGGCGUGUAUGAUUCGGAAGCCAUUGAGGAGUAAGCAUUGUAGGCGGUGUGGGCGGUGUGUGGCCAGGGAGGAUCACCACUGCCCGUGGGUGGACAAUUGCAUUGGGGUGAAUAACCAUAAGCAUUUCUUGCUCUACGUUGUGUUCAUGAUUGCGGGCAUUGGACUGCUGGUCCAGCUUACGAUCAAAUACAUCGAACGCCUCCCUGACCCUCCUGAGCUCAACUGCGCCAUUCUUAAAGAUCCACUCUGCGCUCCUUUUUCCCGAGAUCCCAUGACCAUCAUCACGAACGCCUGGGCCUCGCUGCAGCUCACCUGGACCUUCAUGCUGCUCUUCGUGCACCUCACGCAGGUCGGCCGAGCACUCACAACCUUCGAGACAAUGAAAGGCCAUGGUCAAGUCGGCCCGCUGAUGACUGCAAUGACCACCGGCUCUACCACCGAAGGCGCCCAAGUCGGCCUAGCAGGCUCAGGUCCAGAUCCAGUCGGAAGCCACAAGCACGGCAAAAGCAAGAAGAAAGAAGGCUGCCUCACGCAAUGGAGCCGCCUGCUUGGGCUGGACGCCUUUUACACGAUCGCGUUCCAAGGCUACAAGGGCGCUAAAGACCGCGAGACGCCCGCCGCGCGGAAACCUUCGAAUCCUUUCUCGAGAGGUGUGUUCAGGAAUUGCCAGGACUUCUGGAUGGAUGGGCCGAUCUUUGGCAGGAAGCAAGAUGGUCAGGCAUUGUUGGGGGGUGAGCGGGUGGAUUAUACCGCGCUGUAUGAUGUGCCGAGGGGCGGGAUGAGGUAUCGAGGCUACGAGUCUGUGCCUGCGGUGGAGGAGGGCGUUGUGUAG